AGAGGAUCUAAUUCGCUGGCGAGAACGGACAAAGAACUAGGAGGAGGAAAGGGAUCGUUUGUGGCUUCGUGGAUGCUCUACUUUUCAUGGAAAUGCACAAGAUUAUGCAUAUUUCUGUCUUCCUGGCUCCUGUGUUCUGGGGACUGAUUUGGGGGGUCUAUUCUAACAGCAUACAAAUAGGGGGGUUGUUUCCGAGGGGUGCCGAUCAGGAAUACAGUGCAUUUCGGGUAGGGAUGGUUCAAUUUUCCACUUCAGAGUUUAGGCUGACGCCCCACAUCGACAACCUGGAGGUAGCCAACAGCUUCGCCGUCACCAAUGCUUUCUGCUCCCAGUUUUCAAGAGGCGUCUUUGCAAUUUUUGGAUUCUAUGACAAGAAGUCAGUAAAUACUAUAACAUCAUUUUGUGGAACUCUUCAUGUCUCCUUCAUAACUCCCAGUUUUCCGACUGAUGGAACACACCCAUUUGUCAUUCAGAUGAGACCUGAUCUCAAAGGAGCUCUUCUUAGCUUGAUUGAAUACUAUCAGUGGAACAAGUUUGCAUAUCUAUAUGACAGUGACAGAGGCUUAUCAACAUUGCAAGCCGUCUUGGAUUCUGCUGCUGAAAAGAAAUGGCAAGUGACUGCUAUCAAUGUAGGAAAUAUUAACAAUGACCGAAAAGAUGAAACUUACCGUUCACUAUUUCAAGAUCUGGAGGUGAAAAAGGAAAGACGAGUGAUUCUGGACUGCGAGCGGGAUAAAGUGAACGACAUUGUUGAUCAGGUUAUUACGAUUGGUAAACAUGUGAAAGGAUACCAUUACAUCAUUGCAAAUCUGGGAUUUACUGAUGGAGAUUUAUCAAAAAUCCAGUUUGGAGGAGCUAAUGUCUCAGGCUUUCAGAUAGUGGACUAUGAUGAUCCCCUGGUAUCAAAAUUUGUACAGCGCUGGUCAACGUUGGAAGAAAAAGAAUAUCCAGGAGCACACACCAGUACAAUCAAGUAUACAUCUGCUCUGACCUAUGAUGCUGUUCAAGUGAUGACUGAAGCUUUCCGUAAUUUGCGUAAACAGAGGAUUGAGAUCUCCAGACGAGGAAAUGCUGGAGACUGUCUUGCAAAUCCAGCAGUGCCCUGGGGUCAUGGUGUGGAAAUAGAAAGGGCAUUAAAGCAGGUUCAGGUGGAAGGUCUAACAGGAAAUAUAAAAUUUGACCAGAAUGGAAAGAGAAUAAAUUAUACAAUAAACAUCAUGGAGCUCAAAAAUACUGGUCCCCGGAAGAUCGGAUAUUGGAGUGAAGUGGACAAAAUGGUUGUGAAUCCCAUUGACGGUCCUCUUGGGAAUGAAUCCACAGGACUAGAAAAUAAGACUAUUGUUGUCACCACUAUUUUGGAGUCCCCAUAUGUCAUGAUGAAGAAAAAUCAUGAACUGCUUGAAGGAAAUGAGCGAUAUGAGGGCUACUGUGUGGACUUAGCUGCAGAGAUUGCUAAACAUUGUGGAUUCAAGUACAAGCUCACAAUUGUUGGGGAUGGCAAGUAUGGAGCCCGGGAUGCAGACACAAAAAUCUGGAAUGGGAUGGUUGGAGAACUUGUUUAUGGGAAAGCCGACAUUGCAAUCGCUCCAUUAACUAUAACAUUGGUGAGAGAAGAGGUGAUUGACUUCUCAAAGCCCUUUAUGAGCCUCGGGAUAUCUAUAAUGAUCAAGAAGCCACAGAAGUCUAAGCCAGGAGUGUUCUCGUUUCUUGAUCCCUUAGCAUAUGAGAUCUGGAUGUGCAUUGUUUUUGCCUACAUUGGGGUCAGUGUAGUUUUAUUCCUGGUCAGCAGAUUUAGCCCAUACGAGUGGCACACUGAGGAGUUUGAAGAUGGAAGAGAAACGCAAAGUAACGAAUCAACUAAUGAAUUUGGGAUAUUUAAUAGUCUCUGGUUUUCCCUGGGUGCCUUUAUGCAGCAAGGAUGCGAUAUUUCGCCAAGAUCCCUGUCUGGGCGCAUUGUUGGAGGUGUGUGGUGGUUCUUUACCCUGAUCAUAAUCUCAUCCUACACGGCUAACUUAGCUGCCUUCCUGACGGUUGAGAGGAUGGUGUCUCCUAUUGAAAGUGCAGAGGAUCUUUCUAAGCAAACAGAAAUUGCUUAUGGGACACUAGAUUCUGGCUCCACAAAAGAGUUUUUUAGGAGAUCUAAAAUUGCAGUAUUUGAUAAAAUGUGGACCUACAUGAAAAGCGCAGAGCCAUCUGUGUUUGUGAGGACUACAGCAGAAGGGGUAGCCCGGGUACGGAAAUCCAAAGGAAAAUAUGCCUACUUGCUGGAGUCAACCAUGAAUGAGUACAUCGAACAAAGGAAACCCUGUGACACCAUGAAAGUUGGUGGGAAUUUGGAUUCCAAAGGCUACGGCAUCGCCACACCUAAAGGAUCCUCAUUAAGUGGAGUCACAUUCAAGACACUUAUUUGUUUGUUGUGGAUAAAUGCGGUUAACCUCGCAGUACUAAAACUGAAUGAACAAGGCCUGUUGGACAAAUUGAAAAACAAAUGGUGGUACGACAAAGGAGAGUGCGGCAGCGGGGGAGGUGAUUCCAAGGAGAAGACCAGUGCCCUCAGUCUGAGCAACGUGGCUGGAGUCUUCUACAUUCUUGUCGGAGGACUUGGUUUGGCAAUGCUGGUGGCUUUGAUUGAAUUCUGUUACAAGUCAAGAGCCGAGGCGAAACGAAUGAAGAUGACCUUGAAUGAUGCCAUGAGGAGCAAGGCAAGGCUGUCAAUUACAGGAAGUACUGGAGAAAAUGGACGUGUUAUGACUCCAGAAUUUCCAAAAGCAGUGCAUGCAGUACCUUACGUGAGUCCUGGCAUGGGAAUGAAUGUCAGUGUGACUGAUCUCUCGUGAUUGAUAAGAACCUUCUGAGUGCCUUACACAAUGGUUUUCUUGUGCGUUUAUUGUCAAAGUGGUGAGAGGCAUCCAGUAUCUUGAAGACAUUUCUUUCGGCCAAGAAUUCUUAUAUUUGUGGAGUUCAUCUUGAAUUGUAAUGAAUGCUUAGUACAAAACACAACACCAUUUUCUACACAAGUUCAAGAUGAAGCUUGACUGACAUGCACAGCUAACAUGGAAGUACUGUAAUCUAACUGAAGUCGUGUACAGGCAACACACCAGUUUCUGCAGCCACCAUUGUUAGUCCCUUGGUUCAUACUGACUUAAGCACACUUGACAUCAAUUGCAUCAAGAUGUGACAUGUUUUAUAAGAAAAAAACAUUUAAAAGGAAAAAAAUAUUUUUAGGUAUUUUCACAAACAAACUGGCUUUUAAAUAAAUUUGCUUCCAUAAUGGUUGAAUAAGACAAAAAAAAUUAAACUGUGGGGAAGUGGAAAAAUCAAAAAAAGGCUUUAGGGCAUCAGUUCCAUAUUUUUGAAAGCCAAAUAUGUAAAUGAUGAGGCGAGGAAAAUAAAUAAAUAAAAGGUUCAAAUCUUGUAAUUUUAAUUGUUAUUAAAACUUUACUGUAUAGCCUAUUCUUUAACAUUUGGUGUUAAUAUCCAAUUACUUGGCAAUGCUUGACAUUUGAAAUAAACUUUUUUCUAUGG